CCAGGAUGGUGGGUGGCUCUGUGGCAUUUGAAGGGGGUUCCAAAAGCAGUUCCACUGUCCAAGGCUAUCUUCCCCGUCUCCUAUGGAGACCGAAUGUCGUGAGUGUGGAAGCGACGACAUCGUCGAGGAUUAUGCGGCCGGGGACCUCAUUUGUCGGGGUUGUGGCAUCGUCUUGGCCGAGCGUUUGAUUGAUGAGACGGCUGAAUGGAACAACUAUGCAGAAGACGACCGCGAUCGGGGCAACCAGAGCCGCAUCGGGGAAGCGGUGGACUCCCGGAUGGGCGAGACGACGUUGCAGACGUUUUUAGUGAAAUCGGCGUCGCACAGCGAAACAGCCACCCCCAAGUACCUCAAUGCCGCCCCCACGACCACGUCGAUGCGACGACACGAAGGCGUAGAGCAAAUCAAGACGCUGGCGCAUGCGCUGAACGUCGGCGCGCUCGUCGUGGACUGCGCGAUCACGAUCUACGCCAGGGUCGACGAGGAGAACCUUUUCGCGCACAAGAAAUCCAACGAGCGGAACGGCGUGUUUGCCGCCAUUUUGUUCAUGGCAUGCCGCGAAUGCAGCCACUCGCGAACGUUGAAGGAGCUGUCCGUGGCUUCGGGCGUGGACAUCAAGCGCAUCGGCAAGUCACUUGGCGUGAUGUCGCGCACGUCGAUCGCAUCAAAAAAGCAGGCUGGCACCGAGGACUUUUUAUCGCGUUUUUGCUCGUCGUUGGACCUGCCAUCCAAGACUCCCAUCCUGGCCCUCCAAGUGGUCGAGAAGGCAGCGAAGAUGGGCCUCGUGGACGGGAAGGCGCCGGCGGCGGUGGCGGCAGCGGUGAUUUACAUGGUGGCCGCGUACACGAACGUGAAGCGAUCGCUGGACGAAGUCGCCGAGGCGUCCCUCGUAGGCAAGAAGGUGGUCAAGGACGUGUGCAAGGUGCUGCACGAGAACAAGUCGCUGUUCGACGACCUCAACCAAGUGUUGGUGUAAGUAUCCUAUGAUGCAUCGUUCAUGCGUGGACGCCAGCCACGUCACUCAGCUCCGAGAUGAUUCCGUCAUGAAGUGUGCAUGUUGUCUGUUGUAGUGGGGCUGCGUCGUGAGUGUCAAAGGUCCGUUGUCGUCUUGCACUCCCACACACGACCUUUCAUUCAAGAUGGUCAGUCGUCGUCGAUCGAUCUUUUCGACUGACACACCUUCUAACAACAAAUAUUAUUUAUCCCAAGUUCAUAUUAUUAUUAUU